AUGGACGAGGACCUGGAGCAGACAGUGGAACGCUACGCCACGCUGCUGACGUCAAAUGACGCCGAAAGGUUUGAGAAGGGGUGCGCGCUGAUAGACGACGCGUGCUACCAAUCAGAAGAGGUUGGAAAUCAAAAAGCUGAAUCAAGCUGGGCACCAAAGAGUAGGAUAGAAGUUCAGGUUGGAAAUCAGAAGCAAGAGAGAUUUGCUAGAAUUGCGCAAGAGCUUGCAGUCUACAAAGGGAGCGCUGUCUUGCUGCGCCUUUGGGAGGGAGCGCUCACUGAAAGGUCUAGACUUGAGCAGUUUGGAGAUGCUUCAACGGCGGUCAGAUUCUUUCAGACUAGCUGCAUCGCGGUCGCGUGUCUGUCCACAAGCAAGGUCGUCGUGGAGCGCUGCUUGAAAGAACUAGGCGCGGCGGGGCAGAAGCGCAUCGCGCGGGAGGUUUACGAGACUUUCUACGCGCGCGCGUCGCGGGCCGCGCGCGAGAUGGACCCGGAGAAGCUGAUAGCGUAUGGGCGGCUGAUGGUCGCGACGCCGCUGAAGUGCGUGGCCAACUUUGCGCUCGCGUCCAAAGCGUUCCGGGAGGCCAUGAGGGAAUACUCCGCGGAGCGCUCGCUUUUCGAACAGUUUGGACACUUCCUUUCCGCAGAGUUCCGCAGCAAGCUGCUCAGCGGAAGCGCUACGUCAGUUCCGUUGUUUCUGUCAGAUCUUGCGAUGACACUCGCGUUCUCAACCGACAGUCAGAUGUGGGCUCUCGACAAAGGUCUUCUCAAGCUCAUGGCAGCCGUGUACGAAGCUUCCGCUUCCGCAACCCAACGAGGCCGGAACGGAACUCCGGUGUUCCGCUGCAACGCGUCCCUGCUGCACCUGGCGCAAUCGGAGCCCACAGUGGAGAAGCUGCGCGCGCUCAACGCCCUCGAAGUAUUCCGGCCCUACAAACGGAACAUCGUCAUAACGGAACCGAACGGAAUCGACCUCUGGGAAUAUAUUGAGGCAAAGCUGCUCCGCCGAACCGUCAUAAUGAGAGAACUUAGUUCCGGUCGGCAGUUUACCUUAAGCGCGCAAAUGAGCGGAAGCGGAACCCCAGUCGUUUGCUCAUGGAAGCACUGUACCGCAGGACCCGAGCCGGUUGAAGGGACGAGAUUUGAAAAGUGUGGGCACUGUAAAGUUGCUCGCUACUGCAGCAAGGAGCACCAGAUCCUGCAUUGGCGCACCCACAAGAUUCACUGCAAAGCGAGUCUGGCGCAAGACAAAGCGAGUUCGUAG